AUGCUUGAGUGGAAAAAUGAUAAACAAUCUGAUUUUGCUAUAAAGAGUAACAAUUCAAAACAUAUUACUGAAUUAUUGGAAUGGAUUAUAGAUGUUCCAAUCUCUAUAAAAGAUAAAACAGAAAAAACAAUUAGAAAAGUUCAAGAUAUUCUUGAUCCAAAUAAAAAUCAAUUCCAAAUAAAGUUACAUGAAAAGACCUAUAUUAUUCUAACAUAUAACAAAGCUCCAGUAGCUAAGGAUCUGCUAAAAGAGGAGCAGAAG